AGAAUGUUGCGCGACAUUGGCGCGUCGUUCGCAAACUACGUGACGCAACGUGGAAAAUAUCUCAGCAACCCUUGAAUGUCCAAGCGCACUUUUUCCAGUUGACAUCUCGCGCGCGUUGAAAACUAGAAAAAAUGGCCUCCGAGCAACCGGAAGUGGACCCGCCAAGGCGAACCCGCAGCCAGACGGCAUUCUUCCGGCGAUAUUUGACGCUAUGCAAGGCGAAAAAUGUCCAGCCGUUGGGCGAGCUGAUCGGAACUUGUGGUGAUGGUGCCGCGGCCGCGAUGUGCCGCAAGCGGCCACGAGAUGGCGCCCGGAAGUUGUACCCGUCGAUUGAGUUUUACGGCGAUCGGUUCAAGGAGGCGGACUGGCAACUGGUGAUCGGAGCGCUGGCCGAGGACACCACGCUGCAGAUGGUGGCCAUUCGGCUGAGGAAGGUUUUUGAUGGGCUCCUCGAAAACAGCGAUUUUCGUCCGGAUGUCCCCCUUAUUGAGCAACCCGUCAUCCUGACCAAGCGAUUGUUCUCACGACUCAUCGAUUCGUUGACUCAAUUUCUGAUCCUCAACCAAAAAGUUCGCAUUUUGACGCUCGAGGCACUCCCAAUUCAAGGACCGUACAUGAGUUCGCUGGUUGAUGGCCUCCAGCAGAACCUCUCCAUCACCGAGCUGAGCCUGGCGCGGUCCGCCAUCAAGGACGACGGCUGCAAGGCGGUCUGCCGUGCGAUCAUGAACCUACCGAAGAUCGUUACACUCAACCUGACCGCGUGCCACCUAUCAAUGGCGGGCUGCUGUGCCGUGGCCGAGUUGGUGCGCUUUCAGAAAAUCCAACGCUUUGCCGAAAGCUGGGAGUGUUCGCUGCGGUACCGGGAAAUCGACACCGGUAAGAUGCAGGGACUGCGGCACAUUUUACUCAACGGGAAUCCCGCCAUAGGGGAUGGCGGGCUGUGCGAGCUGACCGAGCAGCUCAAAGACGACGAGUGGAUCCGACAGAUACAGUUUCGCAACUGCGGGCUGACUGAUGAGGGAGCGAAAUUUCUAGUCGAUUGCCUUAACAUUAACAAAACUAUCAAGGAAUUUGAUAUUCGUGGCAAUGCUGGGAUUUCUGUGCAAAUGUGCAAUGAGAUUCUUACGAAACUGGGCGUUGACGUCGAUUCUUCCGACAGUAGUUUGUCGAUGACAAACAGAAGGCCGAAAGGACCGCCGAGAAUGAAGCCUUCCGAGCAGAUUAGAUGCUUGCAGCAACAGCUGUCGGCCGAACAGUAUCGUUGCGCACAGCUGCAGGUGCUCGUUGAACAGCUACGUUCGCACCAAAAUGAAUACAUGGUGCAGAUGAACAAGUUGAAGCAAGAUUUCAACCGUAUUUCGGAUGAGCGCGAAGACCUGCAGAGACGAGUACAGCGUUUGGAAAGCAGCAGACCAGCUACCAGAAAGCUCAAGCUUCGCAAGAGCAAAAGUGAAAGCAAUCCUGCGCUGCUUUUCACCCGGAAUGAUCCAACCCACGCUACGAACAGCGCGAUAAAAUCGGAAAUGACGCUCCGUUGGCUCCAGGAUCGGCACACGGCAAGACCUGGAAGCGCGCAGACCGUGCGAAGAUCGCACGUGCUCGAGCGUACGAUUGGGGAUGGCGUGCCGAACGUCCCCGCACUGCAAGAUAUCGCUGAGGUUGACGAAGAGGUUGUUGUGAUGCAGAAAAAUUACAUCGAAGGAGGAUUCGGAGAUGUGGGAAUGGAACAGGUCAAACCAGUUAUUAAGGUGGGGCCAGUUGGGGGUGAUAUCGGUGACGGAAUCGAUGUGGUCGAUUUCUUCAACGAUAUUGGCGAUGCUGCCGAUCAGUGGCAACACGAAGACGACGAGAUGUCUACGGACGAUGAGGAGGAUGAAUUUGGUGAUUUGACUAAUUCAAUUUCUGGAGCGGAUCUGUUGAAUUUGAUGGCCAAGAAAAAAUCCGUAGAAAGUUUGAGUGACGCACAGUCGUGCGUGCAGUCCUUAUUUCGAAACGUUUACAAGGAUGAAGAGUGAAAU